UGGGCCGAUGCGGCGGCGGGAGGCGGGCUACGGUGGCCGGCGGGGGCCUGACGGGGCGCGGAGCGGCGGGAUCGGUACCGGUUACCGGUCGGUGCGGCCGCCAUGGAGUACGUGACCGCCGAGCAGCUGGCCGGCUUCGGCAAGUACAAGUACAGUGCCGUGGACAGCAACCCCCUGUCUCUGUACGUCAUGCAUCCCUUCUGGAACACCAUAGUGAAGAUCUUCCCUACCUGGCUGGCCCCAAAUUUGAUAACGUUUUCUGGCUUCCUGCUGCUUGUCUUCAACUUCUUCCUCAUGGCAUACUUCGACCCUGACUUUUAUGCUUCUGCUCCUGAUCACCAGCAUGUUCCGAACGGAGUGUGGGUCAUCGUGGGUCUCCUCAACUUCAUUGCAUAUACGUUAGAUGGAGUUGAUGGGAAACAGGCUCGCCGGACCAACUCCAGCACGCCCCUGGGAGAGCUCUUUGAUCACGGCCUGGACAGCUGGGCAUGUGUGUACUUCGUCGUGACAGUCUACUCCACCUUUGGACGGGGCUCCACGGGUGUCAGUGUCUUCGUUCUCUACCUCCUCUUAUGGGUGGUCUUGUUUUCAUUCAUCCUCUCCCACUGGGAGAAGUAUAACACAGGGAUCCUCUUCCUGCCCUGGGGAUAUGACAUCAGCCAGGUGACCAUUUCAAUUGUCUACAUAGUGACAGCCGUUGUGGGAGUUGAGGCCUGGUAUGCACCUUUCCUGUUUAAUUUCUUAUAUAGAGACCUAUUCACUGCAAUGAUUAUUGCAUGUGCCCUCACUGUGACGCUGCCGAUGAGCCUGUAUAACUUCUACAAGGCCUAUAAAAAUAACACCUUGAAGCACCACUCUGUGUACGAAAUCAUGCUGCCACUGGUAUCCCCAGUGUUGCUGUUCGUGCUCUGCACCACGUGGAUCUUCGUGUCCCCGACAGACAUCCUGGAGGUCCAUCCCAGGCUCUUCUACUUCAUGGUCGGAACAGCCUUCGCUAACAUUUCUUGCCAGCUGAUCGUCUGUCAGAUGAGCAGCACGCGCUGCCAGCCGCUGAACUGGAUGCUGCUCCCCAUAGCGGCGGUGCUCUUCGUGGUGGUGUCCGGGUUGGCGCCGAGCAGCGAAACGCUUCUCCUCUACUUGUUAACUGCUUUCCUCACCCUGGCGCACAUCCACUACGGGGUGGUCGUGGUGAGCCAGCUGAGCCGGCACUUCAAUAUACGGCCCUUCUCGCUAAAGAAGCCCACUCCGGAUUGACUAGGAGUGGAGGAAGAGAAAAUCGGCUUGCGGUCUGCAGAAGUACUGUAAAUAACUGCUGCAAAUACCUGUAAAUACUUCAACCAUCACCACGGAUCUAAACCUAUCCUCUGGACAGACAUCAGGGCAAAGUACGCACGGUAUCCGGUGCAGCCAGGGCAGGACUGGUACGGGGCAGCCCCCGCUGCUGUCCCACGAAUGCAAGCUUUCGGUUUUGGGUGAAACUGGACGAGGAGGGUAGCCUUUCAGGUCGCUAUUACUGUAUAUUAGACCAGCUGAAUGUUCCCAGUGAAACCUCAGACUCCAGCUCUUCCUCAGGUAAAGCCGGUUGGGGCUGCAAGUGGCUUUACCUGAGCAAAGCAUCAUGACCUGUCACCAAAAGCAACAUAACGGCCGAUUUCCACAAGGUCAGGGGAACAUAUCCCGGUGGGUGGGGGGGUUCCUGUCUGUCCCUAAUCCUGCUAGACAGCCCUUCUCCUGGGCUGGUGCUUAGGGAACAGAUGGUGAUGGUUCUCCCACCUUCUGUCCUGCCUUCCUGCAUUCACCUAUUUGGACAAAUACUUGCACCUUUUUUUUAAAAAAAAAAAAAAAAGUAAAAAAAGAGCAACACACUUCUAGUAAUGUUCUACUUGAGGGGGGCUUAGAAAAUCAGGGCUCAAUUUCCCAUAGAAGCGGGAAGGCGGCUUCUGCCUCCCCCGGUCGAGCUGCGGGUACCUGGGACCACACCUCGACCGUGUUCCUGUCUGUCCUCGUGCAUUCCCCGCCCGGGAGCAGCGGGGUCUGGGCUCCGAUCGGCAGCAGAAAGUGGCUUCCACCAGCCUAACGCAGAGCCAAACUGCCCCCGCUCCUUCCUGCCAGUAUGAAUUUGCUGUUUCAGGUCGGCUCUGCUGGGUCAUCGCCCGCUGCCUGAGCCGCCGCGUCCGUAGCAGCGCAGCCAGGCUCAGCCCGCCCGUCGCCCACCCCGCCGGGCCAUCGGCGGCAGCACACCCACCGCUCAGAGAAGCACCUUAAUAAGUGUUGCGUUGGCGUGCGCGCGCGCUUUCGGAAGGCUCCCGGGCGCGGCCGUGUGGUGGGGUCCUUUCCAAAUAUCACUUUGGUUUCAAAACCGUUGUCCCCAGCGGCCGCGUGUCUCAUCCAGGGAUGUAUUUGUUUACUGUCCAUUUGUAAAAGACAUGUUUGCGUUGAUUUUCUUUUUUUUUAAACUUGUUUCUUUGUAAUUGAGGUAGAGUGGGGUGGUGAAGACUGAAUGCGGAUUUUUCUUUUCUGUUCACUUUAUUUAAUGAAGACCUGUGCUUGAAUGAAGAGUGUAGCUUAAACCCAGGCUCUGGAAAGGCUGCAUCCGGAAGCGAACAAGCACAGCCGGUUGUGCAUAUGUAAUCUACCAUGGGAACAAAGCCGCUCACACACUGAUUGUUGCGCUGCGUGGUUCGUAGAAGCUUGGCCGCAGCGUUUUCCUUCUGCAGGUGGAGGCUCCUCCUGCUCUAGGAAACCUUCAGACUCUUUAACUACUAUUUAAUGCCUUUUUUUUUUUUUUUUCUUUUGUAAAUUAGAAUCAUUGUCAUGCAGACUGAGAGAGGUGGGAGGGCUCAACGUCUGUGUGCUCACGUCUGUAUGGCUGCGGCCGGCUGAUCUGGGAGAGGGCAAAUGGUUUUCAGAGUUUAUUGAAUAAAGUAGCUUACUCCUAUAUAUUUUACUCACGUUGUACAGAAAAAUAACCCAAAGUGUACGAAAGAAUUGGGCUGCACUUGAAUUUUUGACUCUUGCUCUUUAAUGAAAUAUACUUACGAAGGGAGAUGCAUUUAAGUCACUCUCACAAGAAUUACAGGGGGUCUUAAAAUGGGACACAGCGCUUGCCUAUGGGACGUGCUCAGUUAGCGAAACGGUGCCAGCAGCACUGAGAAAAAGCGGAGGUUGGAUGAUUUACUUCCUACUUAGGCGUUUGCAGGAUCCAGGGAAUAACUGAGCUGUUCCCUCAGGCUUUCAGCUGAGGUCUGGGGUCCCAAGUCUGGAGCUUGCCUUGUCCUGUCUCUUCCCACUGGCAUUACUGGGCCAGUGCUAAUGCUGUGAGAAGUUGUCUGAUCUUAAAUCUUUAGGGUGUCACUUCGUCUCCAUAAUACACCGUUUGUCUCUUGUCUCACCUGGUGUGCUUUUGCAGCACGUCCUAUACCCUGAAAAACCCCUUUGUGAAUGUGUGGAAGCAGAGCUUCCUCUAAAAUCCUGCGAAUCCUCAUUGUGCUGUAGGAGAAAGAUCUCUUAAAAACUGGAACCACUUCCCGUCUGCACGGGCUUUAUCUUUGGAGAGUCCUGGAUUUUUGGUGCCUUAAUUUAUUGCACCUUGAAAUUAGAAAAAAACAUCUACAAUCGGCGCUGGAAAACAGGCUCGCGUGUCUCUAGUGCCACCAGGCUUGUGGCAGAGCGAGGCGAGAGCAGACCUGGUCUCUGCGCGUGUGCGACUGUUCCCGCCUCGUGCUGCUGCGAAGCUGGGGGGGGUGGGGGUGGGUUCUCUUUGGGCUGUUAGAAAUUACCUGAUUUCUGCUCCCGGGUUCUGGGAGGGGAAGGGAAACAAACAGAAAGACCAAACCGUCUCGCCGUGGCGGCGUGUGGCAUGCUGAGAAACAAACUAUUUAUUAAUAAGAAUGGUGUUAAGUCUUAAGAAUAAACGUAUUCCUCGCUAACAGCA